AUGACUACAUGGCCAAUGUGGAUUGAGUAUUGCACAAAACUUUCGGAUCUAACUAUUGCAUAUAAUUCGUUCUCUACAGUACCCGUUAAUGCACUAGAUAAUGUGGCUAAUAGCUUAACACGGUUAAAUCUCUACAACAAUAGACUUACACAUGUACCACAGGCGAUUUCAGUCUUGACAUCUUUGCAGGUGCUAACUAUCCAGGGAAAUCAAAUUACCGACCUUACCUGGCUCCCUCAUAACAGCACACUUGAUUAUCUAUCUUUGAGUAAUAAUUACAUCUCCAAUGCCAGCCAUUUAAGCCAAGCUUUAUUCCCUUUCAAUUUAUCAUUGCACUCUCUCGAUACAGAUCAUAACCUGUUCACCAGUCUCCCAGAUUUAUCCUUCUUGGUCAAUGUACAGUUCUUCGACUUUUCACACAACAAGAUACAGGAUUCUCAGACCGGAAAUGUCAACCCUGAUGCUUUUAUCCUCAAUCUUUCCUAUAACUCGCUUACAUCAAUUCCUUCGCUCAUGUCUAAAUUGCUGUCUGUAUCAGGUUUUUUGCUAUCAUACAAUAAUAUAAAAGCAAUGCAUGAAACGGACUUUCACAGUCAGGUAACAUCAAUUGAUAUUGGGUAUAAUUUGAUAACUGAAUUAACAAAUUCAAGUUUCCCUGACAAUUUCGGACUUUUGUAUUUGUAUUUAAACAAUAAUCCAUUGAACACAAUUUCGACAGUUGCACUGCAACGUCUGCCACGACUUCAAAAUCUGAAUCUUCAACAAACGCAGCUGAUUCGCUUGCCUCUAGCUCUGACUUACCUCACCGACAUAGUGUUAGUUGACUUGACAAAUUGCACGGCAUUGGUGUGUACAUGCGAUGAGAGUGGUUUGUCCACUUGGGUAAUGGGAUUUAGACCAGAUUUUAUUCCUGGCAGCUGUGGAACUACUAGUGUAUAUGAAUUCUUUUCAGUUUUAAGCCAGUACUGUCCAAUUCACUGA